CUAAUAUCCAGACCACUCUCCUCCACCCACUCUUUUCCCCACCCCUACCCCUCGACCUAACCCCUUCCCCCUCCCCCUCUGCCUGCCCACCUCGACAUCGAGACUCCGAAAUCCCAAAGAAAGCGAGCGAGCGAGCGAGAGCGAGAAGAACGAGACCCUCUCUUCCUCUCGCCAUCUCUCCUACUCUCUUCUUUCCCCUGGAUUCUUCUGCUCUGCUCCCGCCCGCGUUCUUGGUUUUGCCUUCGGCUACAAGGAUGGGUUGAAGGACUUUGUGGUUCUUCUUCUGGAUCUAGGGUUUCGUGGUGGCGAUGGAGUGGGACAGCGACUCCGAGGGGCCGAGCGGCGGCGAGGAGGCGGAGGCGGAGGAGGAGGAGGAGGAGGAAGAGGCGGCCUUCGUGCUGAGCGACGGCGGCGGGGCCUUCUCAUUCGCCGUGGAGGGCAUGCUUCAGUCGGCGGCGUCGUGCGGGCUGGUGGUCACUGACGCGCUCGAGCCCGACUGCCCCAUCAUCUACGUCAACAGAGGUUUCGAGGAGGCCACGGGCUACCGCGCCGAGGAGGUGCUUGGGAGGAACUGCCGCUUCUUGCAGUGCAGAGGGCCAUUUGCUCAAAGGAGGCAUCCGUUAGUGGAUGCUGCAGUAGUUGCUGAAAUACGAAGAUGCCUUGAGGAAGGCAUAGAAUUCCGGGGUGAUCUGUUGAAUUUUAGGAAAGAUGGUUCUCCAUUGAUGAACAGACUGCAGCUAACCCCAAUCUAUGGGGAUGAUGGGACAAUAACCCAUGUUAUGGGCAUUCAGUUCUUCACGGACACAAAUGUUGACCUGGGACCAUUGCCUGGUUCCAUGACAAAGGAAUGUGUGAGACCUUCUACCCGCUUCACUGUAGACAACUCUUGCCGACCUAUCUCUGCAGGGCAUGGACUUGUAUGUCGUGAAUUUUGUAGCAUGUUGCAACUCAGUGAUGAGGUAUUGUCUCAGAAAAUCCUUUCAAGGCUAUCUCCAAGAGAUAUUGCUUCUGUUGGUUCUGUGUGCAAGAGGCUUUACGAGUUAACAAAGAAUGAGGAUCUUUGGAGAAUGGUUUGUCAGAAUGCUUGGGGCCGCGAAACUACUCGUGCACUAGAAACUGUACCUGGAGCAAAAAGGCUAGGAUGGGGAAGACUUGCGAGAGAGCUAACCACCCUUGAAGCUGCUGCAUGGAGGAAACUGACGGUUGGUGGUGCCGUGGAGCCAUCCCGUUGCAAUUUCAGUGCUUGUGCUGUUGGGAAUAGGGUUGUUCUUUUCGGUGGUGAAGGUGUUAACAUGCAACCGAUGAAUGAUACCUUUGUAUUAGAUCUGAAUGCCAGUAAACCAGAGUGGAGGUAUGUUAAUGUCAGCUCUGCACCGCCAGGCAGGUGGGGCCAUACGCUAUCUUGCUUAAAUGGAUCUUGGUUGGUUGUGUUUGGUGGCUGUGGAACGCAGGGCUUGCUCAAUGAUGUCUUCAUAUUGGAUUUGGAUGCACAACGUCCUGAAUGGCGUGAGAUCUCUGGACUUGCUCCUCCGCUGCCAAGGUCGUGGCACAGCUCAUGCACACUUGAUGGCACAAAGUUGGUGGUUUCAGGAGGUUGUGCUGAUUCUGGUGUCCUGCUCAGUGAUACCUACCUAUUGGAUGUCACAAUGGAAAAACCCAUGUGGAGAGAAAUACCAGCAUCUUGGACUCCACCUUCUAGGUUGGGCCACUCACUCUCUGUCUAUGAUGGCAGGAAAAUACUGAUGUUUGGUGGUCUGGCUAAGAGUGGGCCUCUUCGGCUGCGGUCCAGUGAUGUGUUCACCAUGGAUCUAAGUGAAGAAGAACCCUGUUGGAGGUGCAUUACUGGGAGUGGUAUGCCGGGUGCUGGAAAUCCUGAUGGAAUUGGUCCUCCACCACGCCUUGAUCAUGUUGCUGUGAGCCUACCUGGUGGUAGGGUCCUGAUAUUUGGUGGGUCAGUGGCUGGUCUUCAUUCAGCUUCCCAGCUUUAUCUUUUGGAUCCAACUGAAGAGAAGCCAACCUGGAGGAUACUGAAUGUACCUGGUCGACCGCCACGAUUCGCUUGGGGACACAGUACAUGCGUUGUUGGAGGAACAAGAGCAAUUGUGCUCGGUGGUCAAACUGGAGAAGAAUGGAUGUUAAGUGAACUGCAUGAGCUUUCUCUAGCCAGCUCUGCCAUAUGAUGGAGGGGUCAUUUCAGAUGUCUCGAAGGCUUGCCAGAAAAUCAUAUGCUUUCUUUUGAUUCCAAUAAGAAAUCGAGCUGAUUAAACACUGCCACCCAUGGAGUGAAGAAUUGUUAGAUCCAGUCUGCUUGUGGAGGAUAACAUUUGCUUGCGACAGAGAGAAGUCCUGAGUAGUGGUUAGGUUUAGCUUUUUUAUGGUUUGGACACUUGGAUGUUGUAAGCCUGUCUUUCUCAAUCAAUAGAGAUACUUGUCACUUUAUGGGUUAUGUGUUUGUUAUUGCUAUUUGCUACCAUAUAAGUAACAUUUAGAAAGUACUAGCAUAGUUUGCAUC